AUGGAGCUCUACCCUCACGGCGUGCUGGCCAAGCUCGGCCCCGCCGCUCUGACGGGCACCUCCGUGCUCGCCGCGUACAGAUCAAGGGACGACCCGCGCUCUGCCGCGUUCGUGGCCGGCGCCUACGCCUCCACCGCGCUGCUCUUCCACUUCCUGCGCAAAUUCGAGCGCGGGCUAGGGGACAGGGGUAGGACCAAGGUGGCGGUGUGCCUGCUCACGACUCUGCUCACGGCCAUGUUCGCCUGCAAGGUUGCCCCGCUGAUGCCGCUGGCCGUCAGUUUCUUGGUGUAUCUGAUGGCGGCCGGAACCGUCGGCGCUGGAUUCUGGGCGUUGUUUCUCCAUCAGUGA